AUGUCUACAGAAUACAUACUGUGCUGUCUUCACAUAAAAACCUGCAAGAGAGAGGAGGAAGAAAAGGGGGCCAGCCACGUAGCCAGUAGAACCCCACGAAGUGCUGCAAGUCCAGCCCAACAGCCGAGACGCAAAGCUAGUGCAUGGGAGUCCUCUGGCGCUGACAAAAUGGCCGCCAUGUUAACAUGUCGUAGCCUAUCACGGCAAAUGCAGCCGCUUGCCGUAAAGCCUCCGCUGACCGGGAGAGCACACAGAACGCAUGCGGGUAAAAACCAUGGUGCCGAUGCUGAAAUCUAUGCGGAGGAGGGGCGGGAUGGGAGAGCGGAAAAAGGCAGCAACUGUAGCAAUGCACAGUGA